GGGGGAAGGAGGUCUUUCCCUGCCUGUCUGCCUGCCGCCGCCGCCGCGCGGGGAGUCCGGACCGGCAGGCCGUCUGUGGGGCGCCGUCGGGGGCGCCGAGAUGGGCAGCGGCGGCGUCAACCUGGAGAAGCAUAGCCUGGCGCUUCUGGCUGCCAAGGGCGACGUGGCGAGCAGGAGAGCGGCCGCCAGCUGGGCCCUCUUUUCCUACGAAAAAGCCAACGAGCUGAAGCUCCUGGACUCUGGAGCCGGGGGCCCAGAUGAGCUGGCCAAGCGCUUCCAGAGCGGCAGCGUCAUGUACGGACUGUGCCGCCUCCCCGAUGGCGCCACGGGGGAGCAGCACGUGGUCCUCAUCAGCUGGGUUGGCGAGAAGGUCUCGGAGCAGCAGAAGCAGGCCUGCGCCGGGCACCUGCCAGCCAUCCGAGCCUUUUUCAAGGAAGCCCGCCUGGUGGUGAAGGCGUCUCGCGCUGAGGAGGUGACCCAGGAGGGGCUGAGGCACUCGCUGUCCCUGACCGCCCCGCCAGGAGGUCCUGGGACCGCCAAGAAGGUGCCACUCGGUGACCCUCAGGAGCUGGUGGGCACCAACUACAAGAAGACCAACCCAGCGCUGGAGAUCCUCCGUACCAAGAGGGACUCGUUCUGGGCGCAGGCGGAGAGGGAAGAGGAGCAGAGGAGGGAAGAGGAGCACCGCCGGGCGCAGGAGGAGAAGCGGCGCUGGGAGCGGCAGCGCAUGGAGGAGGAGCGUCGGGAAGCGGCCGAGAGGGAGCGCCGGGUGCAAGAGAAGGAGCAGCUCGUCCAGGAGCAGAGGAAACAACAAGCCCAGCUGGAGGCAGAGGAACGCAGGAGGGAGCAAGCCCGAUGGCAGGAGCAGCAGCAGCAGGAGCGAGAGAAGGCGUUUGCAGAACGGGGUCCCCUGAGCUGCUCCGCUGAGAAGGCCACAGAGGCGGCUGCGCUGGCCUCGCAGCGCCCCCACGACCCCCGAGACUUCUUCCACCAGAGGGAACGCUCAGGCUCCGCAGCGGGUGCCCCAGAGUCGCCGUUUCCCACGGGAGGCCGGCCAGGACCGCCGCGACGCCCUUUCCUCCGCCACCAGCGCAGCCUGACGGAAUCGGCCUACAUCUUCCGGGGGCCGGAUCCUGCCCCUGCCAGGCGCCCGUCCGGAGACUUCUCGCCCUCCCCCUCCCCUCGCUCCCCACAGGCGGCCCCUCUUCCGAGCCCCCGUCUUGCCAAAACCCCACCUGUCAGGAACCAGGAGCCUGAGCCCAGAAGCCCCCCACCUCCGGCCCCUGUCCCUGAGAAAAGGACCCCCGUCGCCCCCUCCCCGCCUGGGGGGAGUCCCACCCCACUCCCGGCAUCUGCCCCGCUGGACUCGGGGGACCCUGCCAGGACCCAGCCGCCUGCUGAGGCCUUGGCCCCCCUGGAGGCACUCAGGGGGCCCCCACCCCACCCUCUGCCAGCAGAGUCUGGCCCCCAGUCCCCUUUCGCCCCGUGUGGGGCAGAAGUGACGCCCUGCAUCGGCCAAAGUGCUGUCAUGGAGUCGCCCUCCCCGGGCAGCGCUCCCCGGGCAAAGUCCCCACCUCCAGCCCACGUGCCCCACGGUCUCCCCACAGAAACAGGCUCAGCGGAGCAACCUGAGCAGCCGCCCCUUCCGUACGAAGGAGGGUCCUCUGCCCUGGGGGCAGCUUCUCCUCCGCUCGGCAGCCCCCCUGAGGAAGCCCUGCCCCACGCUGAGGCCAGGGACCCCGCUCCCUCCACGGCCGGUGCUCCUGAAGUGGCGGGUGGGUGCGAGUCGGCCAGGAGCCCCAAAGCUGCGGCUCCCCCACCGGGGAAGGAUCCUGUGACAGGCCCUUCACCAGCCCCAUACUCUGGGUUCAAUGGCUCAUCAGCCUUGGAAGAGGAGAGCUGGCCCGGAGGGCAGGGGACGCCAUCUGUCGAAGCCAAACUCCCCGAGGAUUCAACCUGGGACCUCAGAGCAGGUGGCAGCCAGGCCACUGUGGCAGAUGCCGGAGAGGAAGGCGAGGACCCCUCCCUGCCCACAGGAAGGGCUGGAGAAGACUAGUUCAAACACUCGCGUGCACUGCCCCCCCCAUUCCCUCCCACCUGCUUGCUUUUGCUUGGAUGAGCCCCAUCUCACCUGCCCACAGCCAUUUGCUGCCACACACACACACCCCCUCCGAGACACAACUCUGCCCCUGCUUUUGUCUUUGCCCAAUAAAGGAAAAGUGGGAACCA